AUGUGUCGCCUAAGCAGUGUAGGGCGGAUAGCCGCCCUUGCGUGCGUGUUGCUGUCGGCCUCCCUGCUAGCAGCUCCCACACAUUCCUUCUACUUACCUGGAAUGUACCCGAAGGCUCAUGCUCCGAAUUCCGUGAUCAACGUCAAGGUGAACUCUCUUACAUCUAACGAGACCGGUCUUCCCUUCAACUUCUACAGCCUGCCGUUCUGCAGACCCGAGGAGGGUAUUCAGAAGCUGGACGAGAAUUUCGGCGAAGUUUUGGUGGGAGACAUGAUCGAGAACUCGCCUUACAAGUUUAACAUGCUCGUCACGCAGCGAGCCGUCAAGGUCUGCGAUUCCGGCCCUCUGAACGAAUCUGACGUGGAGCACUUUAAGAUGCGCAUCGACGACCAUUACCAUAUCAAUCUGCUGCUGGACAACUUGCCGGUGACCCUGUACGCGCUGGAGGAGAAUCCCGGUGACAUUCUCACCGGAUUCCCCAUCGGCUACGUCAGCAACGGCCAGUACUACAUCUACAAUCACAUCCUUUUUAAGGUUCUCGUGCACGAGUACAAGGAGACUCCUGCCGGCCUGGCCGGCAUGUCUAUCGGCGAUUCCACGCUGGAUGUUCUUCCCGAGGAGGGUCUUCCCGAAGGGAAGGGGAACUCAGGAUUUCUGGUCGUUGGAUUCGAAUCAGCAGCGUGCAGCAUCCGCCGCGUCCCGGAUCAGUCGAAGCCGCGCUACACCGCUCUGGAUCCCGUGGACUGCUUUAAGACCGAUCCGCAGCCCAUCGCACCGGGCGAGACCAUCGUGUUCACCUUCGACGUGCUGUGGGAGAAGAGCGACAUUCAGUGGGCUAGCCGAUGGGACGCGUACCUGAAGAUGCGCAGCGACCAGGUGCACUGGUUCUCCAUUCUCAACUCGCUAAUGGUCAUCUCCUUCCUCGCCGGCAUGGUGUUCGUCAUUCUCCUGCGCUCCGUGCAUCGCGAUCUGGCGAAGAUCGAGCAGCUGGACAAAGAGGAGGCGCAGCAGCUGGCGGACGAGAGCGGGUGGAAGCUCGUGGUGGGAGACGUGUUCCGCACGCCCAACUACCCGGGCAUUCUCUGCGUCGUCGUCGCCAACGGCACGCAGCUCAUCGCCAUGGCGACGGUUACCAUCUUCUUCGCCGCGCUCGGUUUCAUGUCGCCAGCGUCGCGCGGAGCGCUCCUGAUGGGCAUGGUGUUCCUGUACCUGCUGCUUGGUGCGGCCGCGGGUUACGUGGCCGCCCGCCUGUGGGUGACCCUUACCGGGCUCACGGAGGGAGCGGUGGUUCUGGCCUUCAAGGUGGCGUGCUUCUUCCCCGGUAUCUGCGCCGUUGUGCUCACCCUGGUGAACUUCCUCCUGUGGGGAACGGACAGCACCGGCGCCGUGCCGCUGACGCUCUACUUCUACCUCUUCUUCAUCUGGUUCGUCAUCUCCGUGCCGCUCACCAUCGCCGGCACCCGCGCGGGCUUCCGCGCGGAUCGCCUGCAGUACCCCGUGCGCACGAACCAGAUCCCGCGCCAGAUCCCGGAGCAGAGCUACUCCCCGUGGCUGCUGAUCAUCGGCGGCGGCAUCCUGCCGUUCGGCACGCUGUACAUCGAGCUGUUCUUCAUCAUGUCGUCCAUGUGGAUGCAGCGCAUCUACUACGGCUUCGGGUUCCUGUUCAUCGUGCUUGUGCUGCUGAUCGUGGUGUGCGCCGAGGUGGCCGUGGUGUUCACUUACCUGCAGCUGACGAUGGAGGACUACCGCUGGUGGUGGCGCAGCUUCUUCGCGUCGGGCGCCGUGGCGUUUUACGUGUUCCUGUACUCGAUCAACUACCUGAUCGUGGAUCUGCACCGCAUGCACGGCACGCUGUCGGCGAUUAUCUUCAUGUGCUACUCCGUGCUCAUGACGCUCGCGAUCUUCCUCGCCACCGGCGCCACGCAAGCGCGCUUCAAGGCCACCAUUCAGUCUCAACGGAGGUUGGCGCAAGACUUGUUGCAGCACUAG